GAGUCCGGGAGCCAGAGGGGGGUUUCUGAGGUUUUCCUUCCAUCUCCUCGUUGUUGCAAUAAACACAAGCUGCAUAAGUAGAGAGAGAAACAGAGUUCUAGAGAGAGAAACAGAGAGAGGGAGCAUAUUUCGAUAUAUAUAUAUAGAGAGAGAGAGAGAGAGAGAGAUGGAGGAGGAAGAGAACGGGGAGGAGGAAGUGCUGGGGUCGAGCUUGACAAUGGAGAAGGUGGCUGCUGCGAAGCAGUUCAUUGAGAACCACUACAGAGCUCAGAUGAAGAACAUUCAAGAGCGGAAAGAGAGGCGUUGGGUGUUAGAAAGAAAGUUAGCUUCUUCAGAUGUCUCUAAGGAGGAACAGAUUAAUCUGAUCAAGGAUUUAGAACGAAAAGAGACAGAAUUUAUGCGACUUAAAAGGCACAAGAUAUGUGUUGACGAUUUUGAGCAUUUGACCAUCAUCGGAAGAGGAGCCUUUGGUGAGGUUCGAUUGUGUCGGGAGAAAAAAUCUGGUAAUAUUUAUGCGAUGAAAAAGUUGAAGAAAUCCGAAAUGCUCAUUAGAGGACAGGUGGAACAUGUUCGAGCUGAGAGGAAUUUGCUAGCAGAAGUGGCCAGCCACUUCAUAGUGAAAUUAUACUACUCGUUUCAAGACACUGAGUAUUUGUAUCUAAUUAUGGAAUAUCUGCCUGGAGGUGACAUGAUGACUCUGCUGAUGAGAGAAGACACCUUGAGUGAAAGUGUGGCAAAGUUUUACAUUGCUCAAAGUGUACUGGCCAUAGAAUCCAUUCACAAACAUAAUUAUAUUCACAGAGACAUUAAACCUGACAACCUUCUUCUGGAUAUAAAUGGGCACAUGAAGCUCUCAGAUUUUGGUCUUUGUAAGCCUCUUGAUUGUAGGACUUUAUCUACUCUGAAUGAAAAUGAAACCUUGGAUGACGAGAAUUUGAGGGAACCAAUGGAUAUCGAUGGAUGCUUCCCUGAUGCGGAUAAUAGAAGCAAUUGGAGGAGCCCCCGUGAACAGCUUCAGCAUUGGCAGAUGAACAGGAGGACGUUGGCAUUUUCAACAGUGGGCACACCAGACUAUAUUGCUCCAGAAGUGCUACUGAAGAAAGGAUAUGGCAUGGAGUGUGAUUGGUGGUCAUUAGGUGCGAUAAUGUAUGAGAUGCUUGUUGGUUACCCCCCAUUUUAUUCAGAUGAUCCAAUAACUACUUGCAGGAAGAUUGUUCAUUGGAGAAAUCACGUAAAAUUCCCAGAAGAUGCAAAGUUGACGUCUGAGGCAAAGGAUCUCAUUUGCAGGUUGCUAUGUGAUGUUGAACAUAGGCUGGGUACUGGAGGUGCUAACCAAAUUAAGGCUCAUCCUUGGUUCAACAAUAUUGUAUGGGAUAAACUGUAUGAAAUGGAGGCAGCAUUUAAACCAGAAGUCAAUGGGGAGCUAGACACCCAGAACUUUAUGAAGUUUGAUGAAUUGGAUCCUCCAAUACCAGCAAGAACUGGAUCAGGAUCCUCUCGAAAGAUGCUAUUAACUCCCAAAGAUUUGAAUUUUGUUGGCUAUACAUACAAGAACUUUGAUGCUGUCAAAGCACUACGUAAUUCACCCGAUCUUUUGAGGAGUACAUCACCAAGACGGCCAUCUAUUGAUUCAAUUUUUGGUGAUCCUAAUGUGGAAUAUACUACAAAAGGGGCAGCGAAGGAAACAGAUGUACAGAUGGUUGCAUCAACAGGUGAUGCAAUGUCACCGUGAUACACAAGAUCUGCAAGUCCAGCAUCCUGACAGUGGCAUGUCUGUUUACUUUGAUAGGGUUUUUCCCCCCUACAUAGGCAUUUCUGCGAGAAUGCUAUGCCACAUUUUGCAGAACCAUAAUCUAAGUGUACAGUAGUAUUUGAGAAACUUGAUAAAAGCCCGAUAAUGAUGGGUUAAUUGGUAGAAUGAAUGAUCUUUUAGUGGGAGAUCUGUAUUAUGUAAAUUUAGAAUAGGGAUGUGGUACUUGUGUCCUAGCUGCCCAGGUUGGUAGUGGAAAACUUGCCUUCUCUUGUGGCAGUUUAUGGUCAACUUAUUAUUGGAUGGAAACAAACUAUCAUGAAACUACGUUUUUUUUGUUCUUCAAGAGAAUCGCUAUUGUGUGAAAAGUUUUGUGGGAGGGGAAAAAAGAAUUGAUGGUGUAGAAUGGAAAUAUUCCAUCCUCAAUUUUUAUUUUUAUUCUGCAUUA